UGGUGCUGUCAGUGUUCUCCUCCAGCCCUGAAUACCGCGCCGGCGAGGAGGCAUGAACACUGAUAACGAUAAGGCGCAUACAUCGCUGCUGGAUACAGGAAGAAGACGCGGGGCUCACUUUGUUAUGCUUCUGCAACAGCUGGUGCUCGAGUCAGAAUGAGUGGCCAUCAGACCUACGUGAAGCUCAAUGAAGAUAAGAUCAUUUCAAAGUCUGACAUCCUGUCGCUUCUGAGGACCUACAACUGUUACCACGAAGGGAAAAACUUCCAGCUCAGGACUCGUGAGGAGGAUGGAGAGUUCAUCCUGGAGGGGCUGCUGAACAUUUACUGGGGUCUACGCCGACCAAUAAGACUUCAGAUGUAUGAUGACAAUGAACGGUUCCGUCUGAGCAGAAUCGAUAGAUCUGCUGUGGCCGAGCAGGCAUCCGCAGAGUCCAACAAUAACUCCCUGAGCAAAGAGCCCGAAGCAUCUGGUGGCGACGCAGGCGGUCAGGAGGAAGAGGACUCCCCUCAGCUGCUGAGGACCAGGAGUGAUGCUUCCUUCAUGAGAGUUCAGAGGAGGUCCAACACACACACUGCAAGAGACUUGCAGCGCUUGCGUACACACAGGUUCUCAAUCAACGGUCACUUCUACAACCACAAGACAUCUGUAUUCACUCCAGCAUAUGGUUCAGUCACUAAUGUACGGGUUAACAGCUCCAUGACGACUGGACAAGUCCUCCACCUGCUGCUCCAUAAGUUCAGGGUGGAGAACAAGUAUGAAGAGUUUGUCCUUUAUAUGGUGCAUGAGUCUGGUGAGAGAGCCCGGCUGAGGGACGGGGAACACCCACUGGUGACUCGUGUGCUUUAUGGACCGUGUGAGAAAAUCUCCAAGAUCUUCAUCACGGAGGCCGACCUGGGAGAGGAAGUCACAUAUGACGUUGCCCAGUACAUUAAGUUUGAGAUCCCAGUUUUAGAUAGCUUUGUAAAGAAACUCCAAGAGGAAGAAGAGCGUGAAAUAAUCAAACUGACUAAAAAGUACAGUGCUCUGAAGUCUAUGAUAGUACAUCAGCUUGAAGGCAGCCCUCACACCAGUGACAGAGUAUGAGUGGAUGCAUGAGCUGAUCAUGCAUGUAGGUGUGUGUGUGAAAGCGUGGGUGGGCGUAACACUAACGAUUGUUGAGUUACUGUGGGAACAAUAUUCCAACCGCUGUAGAGAAUGUAAAUGUUUGCAAUGUGCCUCUACUUUAGAGCAACAUACUACCACCAUUUUGUAUAAUCUGUUUUUUUAUAAACUAGUAUUAUGGUAUUGUUAGAGUUUUGAUAUCUGAUUUUAAUAUAUUCACAUUUUGUAUGAAUACUCCUUCUGUACAUAUUAAUAUUUAUAUAAAAAAGCUUUUGGGAAACAUUGUUUCUGAUUUAUACCUGUUCAUGCAAUAAACCAUUUUUACUGUUA